CAGUAAACAGGAAGCUCAUGCUUUACCGGUACAACCGUGUAUAACAGUCUGUAUGAAAACUAUUCAAGUGUAGGAAACACUGUUUCGUACUCAUUAUUUUUAUAUAUGUGUACUGCUAACCAUUAGGUUUGUGCUUUAUUAGCUAAAGAGUGUAACGGGGCUUGACACACGGUAUUCCUCACGGUGGGCUAUAUUACCGUGAGGUUGGCUCAUUUAAGAACUGGGUAAAUAAACGCUAAAGACAUCCUUCUGGAUAAAAAGCAUGUCUAUCUAUCUGUUACAAUGAAACCCGCUGUUUAUAGUUCUUUCUGUAGCUAGAGCGACAGAAAGUAGUACAGUAGAGCGACGGAGUGGUUACCAAUGGAGACAGGAGACGCCUAAACAGAUUUAGCUAGCUUUAGCUCGUUAGCUUCCUUCAAAUCUUUCCGCUACCAGCCAAGAUUCAUUAUGCCUACAAAGCCGAAGAGUAAAGCCUCCCAAAACCUUUUUGAAGACGAUGACAUACUUGACAGCUUAUUCAAUGACGAUUCAAAGCAACCAACGCGAUCAAAGGGGGCUCGUGUUGGACGGCCAAACGUCUCAUCUCCCACUAAUAGCAUGUUCAGUAGAAUGGCGGAGGAAGUCAGGAGGGACGACUUGGAGUCCUCAGAUGUCUCUGAGGCUGAUCCCAGCGACGUGCUGAAGAACCUGAAGGACAUGGAUGAUUUAGAGGCCGACCUGUUUCCAUCAAGGAAAAAGCCUCCCCUGCAAACAAAGUCAGUCGGUAAUGAAGACCCAGUGAAAGACUCCGCUGUGUUAGAAAGUAACGCAAAUCUUGAGGGAGCAGAUGAGGCGACAGGAGGAGGGAAGAAGCCAAACACUGCCCCAUCAUCCUCAGCACAUAAGUACAAUGACUUCUUUGAUCUAGACGACCCCCUGGCUGAUUCGCUUGAUGACCUGCUUCCGGAUGAAACCAGGCCCGAACCUAAAGCCCGGCAGAGCAAGCCUGACAAAUCUGUGCCGCCUGCAUCAGCAUCUUCUCCCGUCCUGAGGAGCCAAACGACAAAGACGGCGAAAAAAGAAGAUAAGGAUGAUCUCCUUGACGCCCUCGGGUUUGAGAGACACAAAGACGAUCCCCGGAAGAAAGAGUCUCCACUUUGGUCUUCCAAGGAGAAGAGCGAAGCCCCUCAGAGACCUCGUACCAGAAUUCAAGAUAUUCUGGAUGCCUCCACCUCAGCCCGACUGCCCACAGGCGAGAGGAAGGAUGAGAAGCUACAGCAGGAGAAGAACCAUAGUCUGAAAGAUCCAUUUGUGGAAGAUGACCUCACAUUUGGGUCCUAUCAGCCGACAUUAGUGACCACACCCGAGGGCCGCCAGUCCCGCAGGCAGUCUGUCAGAUUUUCUACCGAAGAUGUCAGAGUCUCUUCCCCAGAGAAAAAACCCCAACCCAGCACCCCGCCAACCAGCCGGCACAGAAACUCGGCGGAAUGGCUUGGCCUCACAGCAAACGACGAGCUUGACGAUUUAGAAGAAGGUUCCAAAGCAGUGAAAAGUUCAGCUCCGUCUCCAAAAGUUCCCUCCUCUCCUGUAGUGGAGAGAAAGUCUUCGUUGGCCGGAAAUCAAGCCGCAUCUGUCGCAAGGAUGACAGAAGAUGCUCCGAACUUCAAACAGAGCAGAUCGGAGGUCUCUAAAGGCAAGAUGAAGGAUGAGGAGGAAGAGUAUGACUGGUUGGAAGGGGCACUGAGCAGGAAGAAGGCUCUAUCAGAGGCAAAAGCUCCUAAGCAGGGAGAGUCUCUGCAAAUUGAGUCGGUUGUCAGUAACCAAGAUAAGGCGGCACCUUUCAGAGACAGAGAGGAAACAGUCACAUCUAUCGGAGACACCAGUCCUGUGGCUCACUCCACUCCAAUCAGAGAGGAGAAGCCAAGUCAAGGUAUUUACCUCCUCUGCAUUUCAUCCACUCAUUUAAAUAAAAUCAAAAUCUCGUCAUCAGACCAAAACAUUCUCGGCUUUUUUCCUCCUGGUGCCUCCGUCCCCCACAUAGAAGGCAUUAAUUCUUCCUCAUACCAGUCAGCUUUAACUGUAAACACAGAUUCACCCACUGUUCAGUGUCCCGUACCCUCGUCCCCAGCAGCCCCUCCGCUUCAUCACACUCUCAGCUCGUCUCACUCUCCUGAUCGCCCCCCUCGGGUUGCUAGCCUUGUGGUAGAUUCCAGUGUUGGAAAUAGUCAUCCUCUGUCUCAGUUCAGCCAAUUAGCAUCAAACGAGAGAUCCGACAUGCCGAGGAAGCCCACUUCAGGCGAAUCUCUGCAAAAGCCAGGAUUGCCGGGCCCUUCUUCUGCUGCACUUCCUGCAAGUCCUCAGCGAAACCCAACGAAGGGAACAUCAUCUACUGUUCAACAACAGGUGUCAUUUACAGCAGACAAUCUGCAGCAGCUGCUACUACAGCAGCAGAUGAUGCAGACUCAGUUGCUGGGUCUGGGUAGUGCUGCUGACACAGGAGCUCUGCAGAGACUUAAAGAGAAGGAGCAGCAGCAUGGAGAAUGUCAGGCUUUACAAGCUCGCAUCAUCCAGUUGGAGGGAGAGGUGAAGAUGCUGCAGCUGGAGCGGGACCAAAGCCAGAUGAUUUUAGAGAACAUCCAACACAGGCAUAAGCAGAAUAUGCAGCUCCUGGAGAACACACACAAAACUCGUGUGAAGCUGCUGGAGGAGUCGGCAGCCCAAAGAGAGACCCGAGCUCGGCUGGAGUGCGAGGAGCUAAUGGAGCGCCUGGCUACGUUAACAAGGUCAGCCGAGCAGGAGCGCUCAGAGCUGCAGGCUCAGUACCACCGAAAGCUGGCCCAAGCCCAACAGGACAGAGACCGAGAGGUGGAGAGGCUCCGAGAUCUUCAACGAAAAUCCAUCUUAGAGAUGAAAAAAGACCACGAGGAGCAGCUUCAGAGGCUGAAGAGAUUAAAGGACGAAGAGAUUGACGCUGUUACAAGUGCAACAUCUCAGACCAGAUCUCUCACAGGGGUGAUUGAGCAGAUGGAGCAGUUCUCUUCCCGGCUCGGAGAGCUCUCUUCUCGAGUGGAGAGCACACACGAGCACACCGCCCACGGCCUGGAGCAAGGGGCACGACACCGGGACGAGCAGCUUCGAAUAAUGCAGGAACGUCUGGCCCAGCAGCAGAAAGCCAUGGCAGAGGAGCGAACGUACCUGAAGGAAAUUAUCUCAAGGAUGGACUCUCAGAUCAGCGAGCAGCAAAGGCAGCUGGAGAAGGAACGCUGGAAAGUAACGGCGGAGCAGGCCAAGGCCGAGUCCACCCAGAGGGGCCUGGAGGAAGAGCGACGCGUCUUCACCAUGCAGAUCAGCAUGGAAAGGGAGGAGCUGGAGAGAGCGAAGAGCUCAUUGCUGGAGGAGCAGAAAUCUGUGAUGCAGCAUUGUGCAGAGGAGAGGAGAAAACUGGCAGCGGAGUGGGCUCACUUCCACACACAGGAGAAACAGAGGCAUGACAAAGCCGAACGGGAGGUCAACAGCCUCUUGGAGAGGAGAGAAGGAUCCAUCAUUGGUCUGGUGCAAGAACAGGCUGACUUGAAGCUUCGCAUGGCUGAAUUAAAGCAGAAGGAGAUGGCCGUGACACAAGAGAAAGAGACUCUUGCGAGACUAAAGGAAGAACUGGACAGAGAGAAGGAGACAGCCAGUAGUAUGGCUCUGAGACUCAAAACAAGGGCCGAAGAGGUUGAGGCCUUCAGCAAGCUUGCAGCAGAGAAGUAUGAGGAGGGCGAGCGAGCAUUGCUAGAGGCGAAACGCGUGGAGUCGGAUCAUGUGACUCGACUAAGAAAUAUCCAGGUUCAAACGGAGAAUUUGAGGCAGCAGGAGCAGCGGAUCCUGAAGGAACGCAUGAAAGGAAAACAUCUGCAGGAAGAUACAGAAAGGCUUAGGGAAUAUUCCACCAUCUCACCUUUACCUCAUAUUAUUCCACCUAUUUUAACAGACUCUGUUCCAGUGUUUCCUUCUUUUCCUGAACCAACAUCCGUCAGGAAUAAUCCUUCAAAUCCUCUGGACAACUAUCAGUCCAUGACGCUUGAGGCCAGUCUGGCCCUAUGGAAGUACACAGCGGAAAAGGACCGUGAAUUCCUCCUCGAGGAGCAGAUUUUUCUAGAAAAUCUAAAGAAGAAAUCCUACAAGUUCAACGCAGACAGUAAAACCUGCUGAGCCGGUUGCAUCUUUGGAUUUGUAUUACAUCUGUACAGUUUUUAAAUAAAGUUUUUCCAAUA